CAUAUACUGAUUUACCUGAAUAAUUAGGCAAUAACUGUAGACAAAGACAAAUGUGUAGUACAAAGCACAAAGCAGUCGCCUCUUUUUUGGCACAAAUGGAACCCCAUAGGUUACACGUCACGUCCUUUCCUUUUUACUUUCCAUAUAAAGUAACUUUUGCUUUUGUAAUUUUUUCGUUUCAACAAAUUUACCAUCAAUACAAAUGCUGCAUAUCUAGUGUAUUUGGCUGCAUCCAUUGCAUCCCACACGUUUUUUCACUGACACGCCCCCAACUUUGAAACUCUGGGCUUAAAGAAAACUUCACAUUUCCCUCUCGUAAUAACAACUUCGCAGUGGCGUUUAUGUGCAUUCAACUCGUAAUUAUAAUCUAUGACAUGACUUGAAUGAACCAUAACUAACACAAUUAAUUACUUUUUUAUGGAGUAACGCAAUAUUGUAAUGCAUUACUUUUAAAAGUAACUUUCCCCAACACUGUAUAUAACUAAAGUGUAUAAAAUAAUUUUAUUCAGAAAUGUCAUGUUUGUGAUUUUUUUUGUUAGGUUUAGGGUUACAUAUUCAGUAACAGGUGCAGUUAGUCGCCGACAUCAGUCACAAAAUUUAUAAAAAUAAUCUUUGUGAAGAUGAAGCUGCAACAGGUGAUCUUCAGUUCUUUAGACGCCACACACUACACGACUUUAAACACUAACUGAGCUCAAAUUACAAUUAUAUUCGGCCUGACAGUAGUGUGUUCCCAGCUUCGACAGGUUCUUUCCGUUUUCACUGCAAAAUUCCUUGUUACAGAAUUUUGCAUUGCUGCUGUUUGUCUAUAAUUAUCUAACACACAACUACAAAUCACAGUCUGACCGAACAGGUGAACACACACAAAUUCACAGGCGCGACAUGCCUGAGACUGUCAUCCUGAGCCUGGAUAACACCUAACUGCCUAACACAGCUGUCAGUCAAACUCAUCAAGAAUUUGGCAAAAACAUAUUUUAUUUAUUGUAGUUAGUUGAGAUGUUAUAAUAGUUUUGCAGUUGUGUUAAAAUAGAUUAAACAAUACUUAUUUAACAUUAAUCCGAGGGGGGCACUCUGUUCAUCAGAGUGGGUGGGCGUGUGCCCGUCCAGAAUACCACCAGAAUAAGUCACAUCUUUAAGACGACUCAAGUGAAUGUGAUUUGAUUUCAGUAUCAAGCUGAGCACACAGAGCGUCAGAUUAAACAGCAGUUUGAGAAGCUUCAUCAGUUUCUCAGAGAGGAAGAAGAAGCUACAAUCACUGCACUGAGGGAGGAAGAGGAGCAGAAGAACCGGAUGAUGAAGGAGAAGCUGGAGGAGAUCAACAGACACAUCUCAACUCUUUCACACACAAUCAAAGACAUGGAGGAGAUGAUGAACACCAGCGACGUCUGCCUUCUAAAGAAGUUUCCAGUCUCAAUGGAAAGAGUCCAGAUCUCACAGCCGGAUCCACAGACGCCUUCCGGAGCUUUGAUUCACGUGCCACGUUACUUGGGCAACCUGCCGUUCAGAGUCUGGAAGAAGAUGCAGGACGUCGUCCAGAACACUCCUGUGAUUCUGGAUCCAAACACUGCAAAUCCAGAUCUCGUUCUGUCUGAUGAUCUGACCAGUGUGGGAUACAGCGAGAACAAACAGCCUGUUCCUGAUAAUCCAGAGAGAUUUGACUCUUAUGAAUGUGUUCUGGGCUCAGAGGGUUUUAGCUCAGGAACACACAGCUGGGAUGUGGAGGUUAAAGGCUGUUCACAGUGGUGUGUUGGAGUGACUACAGCAUCAAACCAACGGAAGGGAUGUGAUUUCUUUAAAACCGGCGCCUGGAGUGUGACGUACGGGCCGUUUCAACUGCCUGGUUUUCAUAUUAAACAGAAGCUUCAGAGGGUGAGAAUUCAUCUGGACUAUAACAAAGGAAUGGUAUUAUUCUUUGAUCCUGUAACUAACAAACAUCUGAUCAGAUUCACAACCACCUUCACUGACACUGUCUUUCCUUUCUUCUGUUGUUAUGAAAGAUUUACCCAUCUGAAAAUUUUACCAGUUAAAUUUUUUGUAACACCAGAAAAUUAGUGAUGAAUCUGAUCCUACUAAUGAAUCAUUUAAAGAAAUACUGGGCAAGAAUACAUUAGCAAACACUUUGAAAACCCUUUUUGGAUUUCUACAUUGAUUACUUCUCAAAUGUGGUCUGAUCGUCAUCUGUCAAAAUUACAGACAAACACAAUCUGACUAAAAUAAAUAACACAAAUGCAUUCUUGCCACUGUAUAUAACUUAGCUAUGUUACAUGCUUAGUCUGUGGAAAUCUAAAAUAUGUAAAACAUAACCCAGCAUACUUUAUAAAAUGACCAAUUAAUAAGAUUCACUUUUACAAUUUUAAGUAGAAAAGCAAAAUAUUACAAUUCUGUUGCUCUUUUGUAUGUGGUUAUUUUAUUUUAUUUUUUGAGUGUAUUGUGUACUUUGAGUUCAUUGUAUCUUUUUGUACAAUAUUCUUUGUCCAAUAACACUUUCAUGAAAUAUCGGUGUAAAAUCCAAUUAAAAAUCAGGAAUUAGGAAUAAACUUUUUUAUGCAAACAAUACACUCAUUUGUGAAGACGUAGUGUAAAACUGUAGUUUGUUGGGUCAAACAGAGUCUCACCAGUCCCUUGCUGCUUUAAUUACUGAGCAUCAAUAAUAAUUGAGCAGCAAAUCAGCAUAUUAGAAUGAUUUCUGAAGGAUCAUGGGACACUGAAGACUGGAGUAAUGAUGCUGAAAAUUCAGCUGCGCAUCACAGAAAUAAAUUACAGUUUAACAGAUAUUCACAUAGAAAACAGCUGUUUUACAUUGUAUUAAUAUUUACCAUUUUUACUGUUUUUUCUGCACUUUUGAAGAGACUUCUGCAUAUUAAAGAGAACAAAUCACUUCAUCCGAUGUUUAAAGGGAAUAAAAUAGCCUUGACAGCCGACUUACACAUAACUUGUGCAGACAGAACUGUGUACUCUCGGUUGCCGUGAUUUUGCCAAGUAAGACGAGAUCCUGGAUCAACAUUACUGUCCAAAAAUAUAGACUUAGCCCACUCCCUACCCCUAAACGUAACCUUACCCAUAAUUUAUUCCUAAAAUCAAAGAGAAAUGAUAAUUAGCAAGGGUGUAAAAGUACCUAAUCCUGAUAAGCCUAAAACUGACAUUUCCUUAAAAGUUAUCCCUUAAUUCUGAUUGGUUGAUUGGAAUGUUGUUCCAGGAUCAACAAGGAUGUUGAUCCAGGAACAUGUUGUACUUGGUGAAAUCACGUUCACUGUGUACUCUCCCCCCCGGAAACUGUAUGUCAGUGAGGUAAAGGGGGAAAGUAGGCAAGGACCAAAUUUAUUAUUAUUUUAUAUCAAAAAAUAUUUAGCAAAAUAUUUUAAUCCAAAACUGCUAUCAAAUUAAAGCCUUAUGUCUCAAUUAGAUUUUUUUCCAAAUUUGAAGCUGAUAUAAAAAAUUGAGGUUCCUGUGAAAUUUUAUUUAGGGCGUUAUACCACAAACAGACGCCGGGUGCGACGCAAACUUUUUUUUUCAAUUAAAAUUUUUUUGGAUGCAUUUUUCUGUUACAAAUGUCUACAUUUCUUUGUCAGUAUUACUCCUGUUACUCCUGAAAUAUGGUAUCCUGAGACUCAGACUUUUCCAGUGAUAUGUUUGUUGUCAAUAUUAUAAAACAUUUUCAUGACCACAGAUGCCAAACCUGAAACAACAUACAGAACUACCUGAUUUUGCUGCAAGUUUGACUGCAACCUAUAAUCAUUGCUGUUGAUAGUGUUCACCGUAUGUUUGAUUACGUCAUUAACAAACUGAUGUUUACUGUACUUUUCUGUCAUAUGUACAUCAACUUGACAUAGUCACCACUGACAAGUUACAACUAAAUAUAUUGUAAAAACUUACAUUUUCUGUAGAGUUGCUUUGCAAUGAUUUGUAUUGUGAAAAGCGCUAAUAAACUUGAAAUGAAUUGAA